AUGGCUUCCACAGACGCAAUUCUCAAUGGUGUCUCCAUCCUCGGCAAGGUCGACGAUGCGCACCGCAAGAUUCUGACACCCGAGGCCCUGGCCUUCCUGGCACUCCUGCACCGCUCUUUCAAUGGCACUCGCAAGUCCCUGCUUGAGCGCCGCAAGCUGCGACAGGCCGAGCUUGACCGUGGUGUCCUGCCCGACUUCCUGCCAGAGACGAAGCACAUCCGUGAGAACAGCACAUGGAAGGGAGCUCCCCCCGCACCCGGUCUCGUUGACCGCAGGGUGGAAAUCACCGGCCCUACUGACAGGAAGAUGGUGGUCAACGCCCUCAACGCCAAUGUGUACACUUAUAUGGCUGAUUUUGAAGACUCAAGCGCCCCAACUUGGGACAACAUGAUCAAUGGCCAGGUCAACCUGUACGACGCCAACCGUCGCCAGGUCGACUUCAAGCAGGGUCCCAAGGACUACAAGCUCCGCACUGACCGCACUCUGCCUACCCUCAUUGUGAGGCCUCGUGGCUGGCACCUCAACGAGAAGCACGUCACCGUUGACGGCGAGCCCAUUUCCGCCUCGCUCUUCGACUUCGGCCUGUACUUCUUCCACAACGCCUUUGAGACCCAGCGCCGCGGCUUCGGCCCGUACUUCUACCUCCCCAAGAUGGAGAGCCACCUCGAGGCUCGCCUGUGGAACGACGCCUUCAACCUCGCCCAGGACUACAUCGGCAUGCCUCGUGGCACCAUCCGCGGCACCGUGCUGAUCGAGACCAUCCUGGCCGCCUUCGAGAUGGACGAGAUCAUCUACGAGCUGCGCGACCACAGCUCGGGUCUCAACUGCGGCCGCUGGGACUACAUCUUCAGCGUCAUCAAGAAGUUCCGCCAAAACUCCAACUUCGUCCUCCCCGACCGCUCCGCCGUCACCAUGACCGUCCCCUUCAUGGACGCUUACGUCAAGCUGCUCAUCCAGACCUGUCACAAGCGCGGCGUCCACGCCAUGGGUGGCAUGGCCGCCCAGAUCCCCAUCAAGGACGAUAAGGAGGCCAACGACCGCGCUAUGGAUGGCGUGCGCGCUGACAAGCUCCGUGAGGUCCGCGCCGGCCACGACGGCACCUGGGUCGCCCACCCCGCCCUCGCCAGCAUCGCCACCGAGAUCUUCAACAAGCACAUGCCCACUCCCAACCAGCUGUUCGUCCGUCGCGAGGACGUCAAGAUUGGGCAGAACGACCUGCUCAACAUGAACGUGCCUGGCACCGUCACCGAGGAGGGUAUCAAGAAGAACCUGAACAUUGGUCUGGGUUACAUGGAGGCCUGGAUCCGCGGUGUCGGCUGCGUCCCCAUCAACUACCUCAUGGAGGAUGCCGCGACCGCCGAGGUCUCCCGCAGUCAGCUCUGGCAAUGGGCCAAGCACGGCAUCACCACCGCUGAGGGCAAGAAGGUGGACAAGGCCUAUUCCCUCAAGCUUCUCAAGGAGUGUGCCGACGCACUGGCCGCCAACGCCCCAGCUGGCAACAAGUUUCACCUCGCGGCGCAGUACUUCGCCGGCGAGGUGACUGGCGAGGACUACGCCGACUUCCUGACAACGUUGCUGUACGACGAGAUCACCCAGGUUGGGGCCACCAGAGCGCCAUCGAAGCUGUAA